UAUACGAUUCGAGUACAGAAUUAUUCUGUGAUUCAAGUAUAUCUUAAGUCGUGAUAAUAAUAAAAUAUUACGAUCUAAACAUGAUUUGAGAUGCUAAUUGAGAUAAUAUUUGAGAUGUAAUUUGUAAAUUGUUUAUUACAUUAUUUCAGUUUUUUUUUUUAAAAAUGAGUUGCCUUCUUAGUAAACUGUGCAGUAUAAAGUCAACUGUUCAGCUACGGAAACUAUCUGUGCCUGCUAAUACUCUCCUUGCUAGAAGAGCAUUUAAUCAGCCAAAUCAUAAUUUAAAGAGAUUUCAAAGUCAAUCCAAUUCUCUCUUAGGACCUUCCUUAUUUUGUAUAUCUGUUUGCGCCGGUUCUGUAAUAUUGGCAUCUGUUAUUCAAUAUGAGCGACUUCGUGUUAGUGUUAAACAAAUCAAUGCUUUUGAAUUUUACAGAAAUUCUAUCUACAGGAAAAACGAGAAUGUUAUUUCCAAGUUAAAAAAUAAUUUCAAUAAAUUAGAACCAUCAGAGAAAGUAUUUGGUACCAUACUUUUACUAAAUGCCAUUGUUUUUCUUGCAUGGCAAGUACCUAAAUGGCAACAUAUCAUGAUCAAAUAUUUUAUGACUGAUGCACUUGCUAGAAAAAUUCCAGUGUCAUCACUUCUUCUGAGUGCGUUCAGUCACAGUUCUCCAAUACACUUCUGUUUCAAUAUGUACGCUCUUCAUACAUUUUGCAGAGGUGUGAUCCAACCAUGGGGUGAAAUGGGACCAGAAGAAUUCACUGCAAUGUAUAUAAGUGGUUGUGUUGUUUCAUCAUUAGCUAGUAUUAUUUUUAGACGAAGCUUUAAGUUUCAAGGAAAUAGCUUAGGCGCUUCUGGUGCUAUAUUAUCGGUUGUUGGAUACUUUUCACUAUCGAAUCCUGACCAAAAGUUGGGUAUAAUAUUUUUACCAAAUAUACAAUUUGAUGCAAUUCAUGCCUUAUUUGGUAUAAUAUCUUUAGACAUAAUGGGAUUGCUUAUGAAGUGGCAUAUGUUCGACCAUGCAGCUCACUUAGGAGGAACAUUAUUUGGAAUGUUUUGGUACAAAUACAUGUCAACAUAUGUUUGGGGAAAUCGAAGAUAUAUUGUAAAUAAUUGGAUAAAAUUAAAAAAAAUUAUUCAAGAUUAAUGAAACAGUAAUUUUGUAUUUAUAAAAAAAGUGUCUAGUGAUUUUUCUAUUCAAUUGUGUUGUUCUUAUUAUUGUUUAACUAUUAAAUUAUUGAAUGUCAUACAUUUUGUCAAUACAAAGUUUGUUAAAAAAAAAUGUAUGAGAUUAAAAGUUUUGUGAUAAUAGAAUAAUAAUGUUGCGUUAAAUAAUAAAUAACAAUUUAGCAGAAAAUUUUCUUACAAUGAUAUACCCUGAUGUAUAUUGUAUGCAGUUUUUAUUAUGUACUUGACCUACUUUAACCUAUUAAAGAGCGAUUAUUCUAAAAACUUAUGGGUAAUAAUAUAAAAAAUGUUACGGAGGAAGAUGGCAGAUGAACUGUUUUGUGGUUUGUCAAUUAUUAUUUCCAUUGAAAAUAAGUGGUCAUGGCAAUUCAAUUUGGAUGAAGUAAUUGACAAGUUCCCUUAAAACACUCGAAAAGUUAAUUUUUUACUAUAUUAUACUAAACAUAAUUUUACAAUGUAGGUACUAAUUGUUUUUAUAAACGUAUAAGUAAUAAAAUAUAUGUAUAUAUUAUUAUAUAAUUAUAAUUAGAUCUUAGAAUCACUAUUUAAUAUUUGAUAUUUAUAUUAUAAUUUAAUUUUGUAUAAUAAGUUACACUUAAAAAUAAUAGAUGUAAUGCAAAAUUCAAGGAACAUAUUGUGCAACCCCGACCACCACCCACCCACAACACGCAUACGGCAACAUAAAUAACGAGUGGUGCGUCGAAAGCCCCAAGGCGCGACAGGGAAUUCCGGUGGGGGGCACAGUGCUUAAACGUGCUAAGAUAUAACGUUGCUCGGUAAAUUGACCAACUUGACCACAGGGCGCGUAAGUACACCAACGCGCGUGAGAACCCGAGCGACACGGACGUGACCGUCGGACGCCGGCGACAACGCAGGACUCUGGCUGUCGAUAAACUUAUGGAUAAUCUUGUAUUACAUUUUUAAAUCUUAGAUUGAAAAACAAAAAUUUUUAUGAAUUCUCAACUCAAAAUAAUUUGCUAAUUUGUCUGUAUUUUGUCAAGAUUUGAACUUUAAAUGCUUAUAAAUAAAAACUGUGACUAA